UGUUAUCAUUUUGGAAUUAGGUUUUAGGUUCAUAAAAAAUCUGUGCCCUUAUUCUAAAUUUGAUCCGUUUUUAGCUAUUCGAUAAUCGAUACCAUACAUUUCUAAAGCGUAGGUAGUAAAUAAAUUUCCAAAUCCUAAUCAUACAAAAAUAUUUUCUCCCGUCAACUGAGGAUUUAACACAGUUGCGAACGCAUAUUCGAUUUUUUCAGCGGAUUGUGAAGCCCAGUAAAUAAUAAUCACCAAUCUCGGAUAAGAAAUGGCGAGAGGUAACGCUAGAGAUCUUGCGCGCGAAAAGAAUCAGAAGAAACAACAGGAACAAGCUAAAAAAAAAGGAAUUUCUGACAAGGGUUCAAAUCAGGGAUUGACAUUGGAACAAAGAAAACAAAGAGAUGCCGAUAGAAUGAGAGAAAAACAGCAAAAAAAACAAGAAGAUAAAUGAAUUGUUUAAUGGAUAUUUGUGUCACAGGUGUACAUUUUAAUGCUAAGCUCAAAAUAAAUUCAAUUUUAUAUUAUGUAACAUUAUAACCAUCUAUAAAUGUAUAGACUGCUUUUAGUCUUAACUAUCUUUGUCCUUACUAAGUAUAAAUAUGAUAUUCUUUUAUAAAUCACUUUGAUUCUAUUUAAGUAUCUUCAUUGCGUUAUAUGAUUAAGCAUUAUCUUACACAACAAUUAAAUAAUAAUUUUUAAUAAUGACUGUUGAAGCAUGAAAUAAACUUUAGACCUUAAAUUUGAAUUUAUUAAGGUAUACCAUUUAUUUAUAGAUUAAACAUUUUUACCUAUACUACCAAGCUUAAAAUCUAAAUUAUUGACAAACAAAUUUGAUUGCAUUUAUUGUUGCAAUAAAUAAAAAAAAA